UUUGUUGGCAUGUCAAGCUGUACGAGGGCUGCCUCUGCUUCCAUCUCCUCCUCCUCCUCCUCCUGCUCUCUGUGUAUAUAUGGAGGGGUUUCCUCCGAAUAGUACAGCCCAGACAGAAGGUAGAAGGGAGAGGAUUGCUCUUCACCUGCUUAUCAGACGAGGUUCACCAUUACCCGGAAGUUCUUCCUUGUAAGGAGGUGGGGGUCUUUUUCCCCCUCGAUGCAGUAAGCAUCCCCCACCUCCUUUUUACUGCUUCCAUGGGGUUUGUUUGAGAGGAGUCCACAGAGAUGGAGAGAUGCUUCCCCGCGGGCGCUAGCCCAAACCUUAUACACUUGGCCAGCAUAGAAACACAACAGACUGCAGAAGGGAUCAAACUCAUCAUCACUCGUCAGCUUGCCCCAAGCAGGUUGCCAUGGGAAUCUUAUGAUAAUCUGAGAGGAAAUAAGUCCUGGUAACAUUGCCGUUACUCAUGAUGUGCCUGAAGUGAAGAGGAAGGGAAACACUUAACAUAUCGAAGUGCCAAGGCUCUGCUGUGUCAUGGCUACGGACUCUGGUGAAUCAGCCAGCACAGAGGAAUCAGAGAAACCUGAUGGAGUCUCUUUGGAAGGUAGGGACUCCUCUGCUGUUGCCCCUUUGACCAUGGAGACCAGGACCAAGGAGGAUGUCAACACACCUGCCUCUGGGGCAACUACAGAGAGGAAAAGGUUUUUCCGAAAGAGUGUGGAGAUAAUGGAGGAUGAAAAGGCCUUGGAACCCACUCCAAAGGAUGAACAGGAGCAGUUUGUGGUGGGUGACCAGAGGGUGGCUCAUCUUUCUUCCAGCGGUCUGGUGGCAGGCCAGGAGGCCAGAUGUGAGCAUGGCUCGAAGGUGAAUUUGGAAGCUUCAAAGGAAAGAACCAAGAAAGAAAUAGAAGAGGAGGCCGAGAUGAAGGCUGUGGCUACAUCGCCUGGAGGAAGGUUUCUGAAAUUUGACAUUGAGCUGGGGAGAGGGGCCUUCAAAACAGUGUUCAAGGGCCUGGAUACAGAAACCUGGGUAGAAGUCGCUUGGUGUGAAUUGCAGGACAGGAAGCUGACCAAAGCUGAGCAGCAGAGGUUUAAAGAAGAAGCUGAGAUGCUCAAGGGAUUGCAACAUCCUAACAUUGUCCGAUUUUAUGAUUCCUGGGAAUCAACUGUUAAAGGAAAGAAGUGCAUUGUAUUGGUAACUGAGCUGAUGACAUCUGGAACACUGAAGACGUACUUAAAGCGUUUCAAAGUCAUGAAGCCAAAGGUGUUAAGGAGCUGGUGCCGACAGAUCUUGAAAGGGCUGCAUUUUCUGCACACAAGGACCCCUCCUAUCAUCCACCGUGAUUUGAAAUGUGACAACAUCUUCAUCACGGGGCCCACUGGUUCAGUGAAGAUUGGCGACCUGGGACUGGCCACCUUAAUGCGCACAUCGUUCGCUAAGAGUGUCAUUGGAACUCCUGAAUUUAUGGCUCCUGAGAUGUAUGAAGAACAUUAUGAUGAGUCUGUUGAUGUCUAUGCUUUUGGAAUGUGUAUGCUGGAGAUGGCGACCUCUGAAUACCCAUAUUCUGAAUGCCAAAACGCAGCUCAAAUCUACCGAAAAGUCACCAGUGGAAUUAAACCUGCCAGUUUUAACAAGGUUAUUGAUCCAGAAGUGAAAGAGAUCAUUGAAGGCUGCAUUAGACAAAACAAAUCUGAAAGGCUAUCCAUCAAAGACCUUUUGAAUCAUGCCUUCUUUGCUGAGGACACUGGACUUAGAGUGGAGCUGGCAGAGGAUGAUGAUGGACUGAAUUCCUCCCUGGCUUUGAGACUUUGGGUAGAGGAUCCCAAGAAGCUGAAAGGCAAGCACAAAGAUAAUGAAGCCCUUGAGUUCAGCUUCAACCUGGAAACAGAUGUCCCAGAGGAGGUGGCUUGUGAAAUGGUGAAGUCAGGAUUCUUCCACGAAAGUGACUCUAAAGCUGUGGCUAAGUCCAUCCGGGAUCGUGUCUCCCUAAUCAAGAAGACAAGGGAGCGGAGGCAGGUGGGCUACCUGGAGGAGAGAAGAGACUCUCAAAGCAAGCUGCCAAGUGGGCUACCAUUACUCCAGCCACAGGGCUCAUCAUUCACCACUCCUUCCCAACAGAGCAGGACGGAGUGCGAGGAAACAGAGGUGGACCAACAUGUCCGACAACAAAUCCUUCAACAAAUGCAGCACAGCUCCUCCAUUGCUGCUGACAGUUUAUCUGAGAGAGGAGCAGGUUCAGUUAUACUUUUGGAUGCCUCCAGCCAACAUAGCCUGGCUUUCUCCUCGGAACAGAUUAUGGGCCCCCAGCAGGCCCCCAAUCUCUCACAAGCUGAAAACAGUGUUCAAGGACACAUCUACGCUUCCCAGCAGCUGGUGGGACAUUACCAGUCGAUGGCAGGGGUGCAACAACAGCCAGCAAAUGUGGCCCACCCCAGCGCUUUACCACUAAUCCAGAGUCAGCCUUCAACCCUACCCACCCACAGCUUGGCCCCCCCUGUGGUUCCUCAAGCCCAGGCGUCUCCUGUUGCACUUCAGCAGUUCACACCGAGGCUGCCUCCAGAUGCACAGGUAUCCUACAGUGCAGAAGGGCAGACAUUGGAUGGAUCCAUCAUGGGAGUCCCCCAGCAGAUCUUGACAGCCACUUCCCCUCAGACUAUCCCUGCACCACAGAUGGUGAACCAACACCUGCCAGCUAACAUACCGUUGACCUCUGCUGCUAGAAUCGGUAGUCAGGCUCCAGCUGCUGCAGGAUCAAUGGAACUGGAGCAUGCUUCUGCCAGCUUUGUGCCUGCUGGUCAUUCACCUGUGCUACAGGGGCAGCCUUCAGUUCAGUUUGUCAACAAUAUGCCAAGUUUAGCACAGGCUCUUCCUAACCCUUCAGCUCUGCCGUCAGUUCCACAGGGAGUUACAUCCAUUCAACAACCCCAGCAAGUUCCCCAGCAGGUGUCAGUUCAGCAGAUGCCCCAGCAAGUACCCCAGCAGGUGGCACCCAUGCAGCAGCCCCAGCAAAUUGUUCAGCAGGUGGCACCUACACAGCAGGCUCCUCAACACAUGGUGUCAACGCAGCAGGUGGCACCCAUGCAGCAGCCCCAGCAAGUUCCCCAGCAGGUGGGAUCCAUGCAGCAGACCCAGCAAGUUCCCCAGCAGGUGGCAUCCAUGCAGCAGCCCCAGCAAGUUCUCCAGCAGGUGGCACCUAUGCAGCAGCCCCAGCAAGUUCCCCAGCAGGUGGCACCCAUGCAGCAGACCCAGCAAGUUCCCCAGCAGGUGGCACCCAUGCAGCAGACCCAACAGGUGGCACCCAUGCAGCAGCCCCAGCAAGUUCCCCAGCAGGUGGCACCCAUGCAGCAGCCCCAGCAAGUUCCCCAGCAGGUGGCACCCAUGCAGCAGCCCCAGCAAGUUCCCCAGCAGGUGGCACCCAUGCAGCAGACCCAGCAAGUUCCCCAGCAGGUGGCAUCCAUGCAGCAGACCCAGCAAGUUCCCCAGCAGGUGGCACCCAUGCAGCAGACCCAACAGGUGGCACCCAUGCAGCAGACCCAGCAAGUUCCCCAGCAGGUGACAAUGCAGCAAGUUCCCCAGCAGGUGGUAUCCAUGCAGCAGCCCCAGCAAGUUUCCCAGCAGGUGGCAUCCAUGCAGCAGCCCCAGCAAGUUCCCCAGCAGGUGAUGUCCAUGCAGCAGCCCCAGCAAGUGGCACCCAUGCAGCAGCCCCAGCAAGUUCCCCAGCAGGUGGCACCCAUGCAGCAGACCCAGCAAGUUCCCCAGCAGGCGAUGUCCAUGCAGCAGCCCCAGCAUGUUCCUCAGCAAGCAACAUCCAUGCAGUCCCAGCACGUUCCUCAGCAGUUGGUGGCUAUGCAACAGCCCCAGCAAGUUCCCCAGCAGGUGGCACCCAUGCAGCAGCCCCAGCAAGUUCCAUCCAUGCAGCAGCCCCAGCAAAUGGCCUCUAUUCAACAGCUUCAACAGGCAGCAGUAAUGCAGCAGUCUCAGCAUAUUCCCCCACAAGUGGGUUCCAUUCAGCAAUCUCCACAAAUUCCCCAGCAGGUUGGUUCCAUUCAGCAGUCCCAGCAGGUUGUGCCAGUACAUCAGGUCUCUGCCAUGCCACAGCCGAUUCAACUUCCACAGUGCCCACAGUAUCCCACGCUGCCCCUCGAUGCUUCGGCGCAGCCUUCCCUGGUGCAGCAAGAGCAGCAAGCUAUUCAGAUGCACCAAUCCACAGAUCAACAUCCUUGUGUAAGGCAACAGAUGUUAUACCACCUGCCUCUACAGCAGCAGAAACAAGAGCAGUUUCUUUUCCAGGGCAGCUCUACGGAGCAGUUGGCAGCCGUUACUCAACCAGUUGUAGAAAAGCCGCAGCAGGCCGAGUUCUCGGGUUCAACUCCAGAGCAGGUGGCUUAUCCCAUCCAGUACCACCUGCAAGCCCCAGAACAGCUAAUAUAUCAAACGCAGCCCCCCCACCAGCUCCCAGCUUCAGAGCAGCUGACACCUCAAGUGCAGCCCACCAACCAGCUCCAGGCACCAGAGCAAGCACCAUGUCAGAUGCGUGUCGCUUACACAAUGCAAGGCUCCGAUCAGCCUCCAUGCGCAGAGCAACUGGUCUAUGCAGUCCCUGGAGUGUAUCCAGGACAGCCCUUGGACCAACCGACAUAUCCAAUGCAGUCUUUUUACCAAGGACAGGCAGCUUUCGUAACCCAACCAGCGCCAUAUCUAGUUCCGCCUCCAGAGAUCCAGCAGGCUCACUUAGCAGUACAGGUUGCAGAUCAACGGAGUUUUGCCAUGCGCUCUCCUGAGAAAUCGUUAUAUACGGUGCAGGAUAGUGGCGCUGGCUGCAUGGAGCAGCAGGUUUGCCUAGGGCAACCAGCGGAGGCCCAUGCUUAUCCCUCUGAGCAGCUCCAGCCGGAGCCAUCAACAUAUCUGAUCCAGCAGGAUUCCGGCAUAGGGCACCAGCAGCUGCAGCCUCCUCAGGCGGGACACAAGUUUGCAGAAGGCCAACAGCCAGGAUCGCAGGCCCCUUUCGUCCCAUCUCAGCCAUCUUUUAUCCCACAAAUGCAGCCACAGGCUCCCUAUCAAGAGUUCAACCAGCAUGCUAUUCCUCAGCCCCUCAACGCCACAGUCCCACAGUCUGCCCCAAACGCACCACAGACUGUGUCUUCCAUGCCAGAACAGUCAGAGCCAGCUCAUGCAAGGCAACAGCCGCCAGAACUGCCCGGGCACCUGCAUGGUCCUAGCCUCCUCCAGCAACCUCCAGCAUUUCAGCCAGCUGAUAAUAACCAACCAUUUACAGCUUCCUCAGUACAGUCAGCAUAUGUGCAACAGCAGCAGCAGCAGCAGCAGCAGCAGCAGCUGCCAAUGUGCCAGGGGUCCAUGUUGCCUGCAGAGCCAGUGGUCCAGAAGCAGUUCCCUUCAACGAGUUCUGGAGCAGCAGCAGCAGCCCUGAACCAGCAAGCAACACUUAGUGCAGGGACACAGCCACACCAAGAACACGUUCAAGGACAAGACAUUUCACAGGCUUCCAUCUUGGUGCCAGAACAACAGCCAUCAGUUCAAAAGCAGGAUUUUGUUCAAGGACCAAUUCCUGAUGUAGCCGUUCAGAAGGAAGGUGCCAAUGGAUGUGACCUUCCAAGUGGAAAUGGCAAACAAGACAAAAGCAAGCAGCGGAGAGCUUCAUGUGCCCGAACAGAGAAGGGAACCAAAUUUCAGCUCACUGUGCUGCAGGUGUCAACAUCGGGGGACAACACAGUGGAGUGCCAGCUUGAGACUCAUAACAACAAGAUGGUCACAUUUAAAUUUGAUGUUGAUGGAGAUGCUCCGGAAGACAUUGCUGACUACAUGGUUGAAGAUGACUUUGUGUUGGAAAAUGAGAAAGAGAAAUUUGUUGAUGAACUGAAGGCUAUUGUUUGCCAGGCCCAGGACAUCAUCCGCAGUCUUCCGGUUGAAGAGCGAACUACUGGCACAGAGUCUACACCUUCUGAUCUUACCCAAACAGGAUCUUCUGAACAAGUUCAGAUAAACCCAGCAUCUACUCAAACUGGCAGUGAAUCCGCUCCUCAGUCAUCCCCUGUUGGCCGCUGGAGAUUUUGCAUCAAUCAAACAAUAAGGAACAGAGAAACCCAGACACCUUGCACUCUUCUACAGUCAACUACAGCUGCCCCGGGGUGUCAGAUAACAGACCAUAUAAAGGAGAGUACCAAAGAAGAUCACCCCCAGGAUUGUCCACAGGCUGUGGAAAAUCUCAGCAGCCAGAACAGAACGAUCCCCUCUUCCAGCUCAAAUGAGCUAAGUGACAGUAUGGUAUCUGAACCCCAAACAUCGGAAACUGAGCAGUCAGCAAUUCCUCACCAAGUGGAAGGCAGCAUGGAUAAGCUGCUGUCUGCCACUGCUGGUGACAAUUAUGAUGUUACUGCUUCCGAUUCUUCUGCUUGGCCAGAGUCUUUAGAGGCAGAGACCCAGGCUGACGAAACUCACUUAUCUUCAUAUACACCCCACCCAACAUCUGGCAUUGCGGAGCAAAGUAUGCCCACUGAGGCCUUUGUGCCCAGACCAACCACUUGCCACAUCCCGACCACUGAGGAAGCGGAUAACACCAUGAGCACAGAACAGGCCAGUGCUUUGGCUCAGACCCCUGGACAAGAAGGCGCCCCCUUCGCAUCCACUCUGGAGUCAGACAGUGAGGGCCCCCCUAAGAUGGACUUUGUCGACAACAACAUCAAAACUCUAGAUGAGAAGCUGCGGACGCUUCUGUAUCAGGAACACAGCUUGUCGGGCACUUCCCCUGAGAGCCAGAAAGACACACAAAGUGCCGUGGAGUCUCCAUUUUCCUCGUCUGCUGAAGAAACUCUUCCUGGCCCAGUUCUUGAUGCACCAGACUCCCCCCAAGAGACCCAGCAAAGCCCCACCAAGCUUUCAGACCCCCAGGCUAUGCUGAUCCCAUCUGCAAGUCAUCCAGACAGUUUGCCAGUGCUGAGGAGGGAGCCCAGUGCUAUCACCUCUGCUCCCAGUGAUCUCUGUACGCAUGAGAUGUCCCCGGAGGCUUCAUUUCCUGAGAACCCUGUGGCCUGUCCUGCUUCAGCAUCAAGUGGUGGAGCUGUGCACCUGCAUGCAGGAGGUGGAUAUUUUGGCCUAAGCUUUACUUGCCCUAGUCUCAAAAACCCUAUUAGCAAGAAAUCCUGGACUCGCAAAUUAAAAAGCUGGGCAUACAGGCUACGGCAGACCAGCUUUUUCAAGAAAUCAAAAGUCCGGCAAGAGGAGAUGACUGGCGAUGUUGCUCCUGAUUGGAUUUCUCUCUCUGAGCAUGCGACAGUGCAGAAUAAAGCACCUGGUCAAUCUGUGGCUGGAUCAUUCCAGCGAGGCCGAUUUCAGGUCAUCACAGUGCCACAGGCUUCAGGUGGUUCAGAAAGUGAACCCUGUGAGAUGCCUCCUUCCUCAGAACCUGGUCCAGAAGAAGAGUCUCCCAGAAAAGGAGAAAUUGCUCUGUUGGCUGGUGCCAUGGGUGAAACAGAUGCAUCCCCUACCACCCCUGAGCAGCGGGACCUGGAGGAGAAGUCUGCUAUCGCUAGCGGGAUGCAGUCCUUCUCAGAGCCAUGGGCCAAAGGCAGUUUUGUGCGGAAGCAGCCUAGCUCUGACAGUGAACUUUCUGCCCCCAUGGGUGGUAGCCUGGAGGGCUGGGAGCGAAGCCAGCAGUCACAAGAGGAGAGGGAUGGCACCCACGUAAAGAGGCGCAGUUCACUCUUUUACUCCCCCUCUUCCCCAAUGAGCAGCGAUGAUGAGUCUGAGAUUGAAGAUGAGGACCUGAAGGUGGAGCUGCAGCGUUUGCGGGAGAAACACAUUCAGGAGGUAGUGAACCUUCAGGCUCAACAGAACAGGGAGCUGCAGGAGUUGUAUGAGCGGCUGCGUUCCAUCAAAGAUAGCAGGUCGGAAUCCUCUGACAUCUCCCUGCAACUGUCGUCUCCACGCCGGCCCAAGUCUUUCAAAAGCAAGCUGCGUAGCAGGCCACAGUCUCUGUCGCAUGUUGACAAUGGCAUCAUUGCUCCCGAAUGCUGUUGUGCUACCACUGCUGCCUCUGUGAUAGACUAUCAGUUGAGCAUUCAGGCCCAUUUGCUGCACCAGAGCUGUUCACAAGCAGAGACUAGCCAAGACCAGCUCUGCAUCGUCAGCAGCACUGCUUCUUGUCAGCAGACGACGGCCAGUAAGAAAGGGAUGUUCACAGAUGACUUGCACAAACUGGUGGACGACUGGACAAAAGAAAAGGUGGGGAACUCCCUUAUCAAGCCAAGUCUCAACCAGAUCAAACAGAACAAGCAUCGGCUGGACUCCGACAGCUGGAGCAAAGUAUAUGAGACGACAACAUCUACAGUGGGCUACACGUCCACAUGGAUUUCCUCGCUUUCCCAGAUCCGAGGGACCGUACCAGCUGCUUUGCCCCAAGGACUUCCCCUGUCCCCCUUUACCGGCACACUAUCGCCAUAUGGAGUACCCCACGUAUGCCAGUAUAACACCAUGACAGGGACAUCUUACCCAGUGCAAUGGGUGGGCAUUUCAGGGACAGCCCAGCAGUCUGUUGUUGUCCCUGCCCAGCCUGUGGGACCAUUUCAGCCAGGGAUAAGCAUGCCAGCCUUUCCAGCAUCACCUGUGCAAAACCCAGCUCCCAUCCCCCCAAGUCCCAAAUGAAGGCGGACGGCUAAAAGGAUGAUAGAUAUGGGGACUGUGCCUAUAACUCAUGAUUCCAUUCCUCUGCCUUGCAUUCUGCGGCCUGGAUUUUGGGGUGAAUUCCCCAGAGCAGCAAUGUGGUGGGAGAUUGCCUUUGCAUUCUCUUAUUUGAAUACUUGAUAUAAUAUUCUUUGGGGGGAUUUUUUUUAUAUCAUACUUGAGAGAGCUUUGGCCUGUGCAUCUCAUUGUUCCUGAGAUGGACAGCAUGCCCAUGUGCUGCUUAUUAAUGACCCUUCCCUGUCAUUCAGGCCCCAGGUCCCUUGAGUUUUUUAGGCUGAUAGCAACCCUUUUUAAAUUGUUCACAUACUGGCAUUUGAGUUAAUUUAUUGAAGGAGUGGGAGCAGCAGGGAAAGUGACACUUUGGGUCCUCUUUUAAUUUUACAUUUCUGUCUGGUUUCAUUGGCAGCUUUCAUUGACGGAGGGGGGAAACGGAUUUUAUUUGCAGAAAGAUUUGCUGUCACUGAAUCCUGUCUUAAAUUCUCCCCUCUCCUACCCCAAGUGACAGGCCUUUUACAGUUGGAGGACCACUGAAGGAAGAGACAAAAAUGCCACCUAUUACCUGUUACUGAAAGGCUUGUAGUUGUUCUUGAGCGAUUUAGUACAGCUGUUUAUAUAAUGGCAGCUCAAUCCUCAUACGCACAUGACAUUCAGUGGAUCCUUUGGGGCUGUUGGUCUAAACUUAGUACUUGAGUUUGGGGGAUGUAGCUUUUUAAAAAUUUAUUUUGCAGUUAGUUUGUUGUGGUGGAGAGGAAGCUGCAGAAAGGGUGGGAAGAGAGUGGGAAAUAGCCAAAGGGUAUUUAAAAACAUCUCCCAUCUCACCCCUUUGCCUCUCUUUUAUGAUCCAUACUUCACAGUUUUAAGGACUGAAACAGGUUGGAACAGGUGCACAGAGUUUUGCAUUGAGUUGACUGCCUUACAGUGGAUUUGAAUGGAUAGAUGCUCCUACUUUUGAUUAAUGUUGUCUCUUGCAGCAUAAAACACCUAAGUGGUUGCUGUGCUUUGAUCACCUACUGCCAAGAUUAAGAAGCCCCAUCUUUAUGGAGAACUUUUGAAAACUGAGUAGGUUGUACAUGCAUUUAUGAUGGCAAGAAAGUAGUGCCAGGGUCCGCUGUGACAGGCUUUCUGGUUUUCUGGCUUAAAGAGAAAAAUGUGCCUGUUCAAAAACAGCAAGAGAUCUAAAACUAUUUUGAAUAGGUUACAUGCAUGGAAGUCCAUUUCCUGCUUGAGUCUUCAACCUCACAUAACCCCCUUAUUUUAUAAACUAUAUUUCAGCUGCCCUAUAAGACCCAUGCUUGCAAGUUCAUCUCUGCAGGAUACUUAGUCAGUUACAUUGACCUAAUUGGGCCAAGGGCAAUGCAACAUUGCACUAUAGUUUAAACCAUGGUUUAGCCUACAUGAGUUCCUUUCUCUUCCCCCAUCCCUGACUGUGGAGCCAGGAAAUAAGACAAAGGCUGAUUUGUCAUGAUGUGACAUGUGAAUCCUCACUUAUGGUUUUUUUCUGCCCAGAGAAUCGAAGCCAAGGUUUAUUCUUGGCUUACCACAUGAUUUAUCUGCAGGAAACAAACCACAAACCGAAUUCACACAUCACAACAAGCCAGACUCUGGCUUGUUUCCUCCCUUGCAUGAUAUAGUCCUGUGUUUUAAACCAUAGUUUAUUUUAAACUAUUAUUUAAUGUUACAUGCGAACUGGGUCAUAGACUAUGGAGGUCUUAAUUUACUGAGUCUUAAGACUACAAGACGUAUGGUCUUAAACUUUUUUCAAGGUAAUAUUUCAUGUAGCAGUUGAUUCUUUUGGACCCCAGAAUCCUUGAAAUAUAUUCCUGAUGCACACCUUGACCUGUUUUCUCCCUUGAUAUAUCUGGACUGAUAUGUCAGGGAACUGGUUCCAAGCUCUGGUUCACUUUGAGUUAACAAAGUUAAAUGUUUGUCUUCGGAGUGCUGUAAGAGAUUUGCAAUGCUGUUGAACAUGGAAGCUGGCUUGCUUUGCUGAUGAACAUUUAGAGAUCGAAGAGGAGGGAGGCUGUAUCUCUCUACAGUAAAGUUAUUUGGACUUCAACUAGAUAAAUCCUGUUUAAAAUGAUGGGAUUAAAUAGAUCAGAGUACUUUGGUUUGGGCACCCUGUAAUUCCACCCCCCCUUUUUUUGGAGUAGCUGCAGAGACAAGCUACUUGUUUGAGCUCAGCCUCUCAAAGGGACACUUGAAGCUCCAGUGAAUUUGGGAGCCUCUGGAAGUUUUGUGGCUUUCCUUCCCUCCCCACCAUGAACAAAAGAUCCUGUUUCCCAUGCGUUAUGCAGCCUCCUUGUUCUGCCUGCAAAGAUUUGCAGUGCCUUGUGAUAGAUAAUCUUUAGUAUCUUUUCAGAUUUUUACUGGAAAGUCAAAAAAAGUAGUUCUAGUCUUUUGAAGUUUGAUGAUGUUUAAACAGUGCAUUGCUGCAUCUCUCAUUAGGAUCUGCAGCAGCUGAAUUAUAUAUACUUUGGGGUGGGGGUGGGGGUUCAGUCUGAAGAACUGAGAGAACAGUGUUAUGUAUUCUUUCUUUCUUUCUUUGCAAAAUAGAAACACAAUCCUGUUUUUUUAAAAAAAAAAUGUUCCCCUGCUAUCUCUUUUAAAACGGACACUUUGAUUACAAAUACAUGUUUUCUAGUUAGGAUAACUUGUAGGAAAGCAUGGAAUUGUGUGCUGUAUUUGAAAACUGUUGCCAAGUUAGCCGACUUGAAAGCCUUGAAAACACAAAUCUGCUAGGAAAUGGUAGAGGGCCUUAUUCCCCCCAGCAAUUGUGUGUGCCUUGGGUACACCAGUGGUACACCAGUGUUUUUUGUGGCAGACGUGCACAGUGCAAAUGGCAAGCAUGUGUCCUUGAACACUGGUGUUCAUGUGUCAGGGUUCCAUUGGUCCAAUCAAGGUUUCCUGCUUAUUGUUGUAAAUCUCACGUUGUGUCUUGUGCAUUGAGCCAUCUGACCAUUCCAUGCUGCUUGGAGUUCCCAGAGCCAUUGCUUCACAUUUGACGAUAGGGGGCUCCCUUUUGCAAAUCCUGACAUGGUUUGUUCGUCUGUCUCACUUCUGAUAAUGGAAUGAAAAUGGUGGUCAUGAAGUAACCUAUGUUCGCCAGUGCUUACACCACUGUCUGUGGAAUUAAAAGCUAGGAUGGAAUUAAGGAUUACGUAGGGUAAGUGGCCGCUGCCCCAAAGAACUGCCACCCCUCUCCUCCUCUUCCCCAUAACCUCUGGCAAAGGAACAUGUGAUGUGACAUCAUUGCGCUCACAUAUUCUUCUUGUAGAGUAUGUGGGGCUACUGUUUUCAGCAGCUGCCAUGUGUACUUUGUAACAUCUGGUUUCCUGCCAUAUGUGGCCAGAAAUCAGAGGAUAAGUCCAUACCAGGGUGUGAUGGAGCCAUUGUUGCCCUUAAGUGUGCGUGAUUUUUUUUCCUGCGCCACAAUUCUUUGGUUAAACAUGUGUUUGUGGGAUUUUGAAACAUAACCAAAGCCUGUUUGACCAUCGGUGACAGUAAAGGGGGUGGCGAAUCAGUGCACAGUGGGCAGUGAUGCUUCUUCUCACGUCGCCUUCAAACUUCGGAGGAAAUAAAGACAAACUUGACCUGACUCCCAUCUCUGCAGCUGGGGAGACCUGAGGAACCACAGUCUAGAAAAUGGAGAGAGGCACUGAAAUGUACGUUUGACAAAACAGGAAAAAUAUUUGGUAUGUUUUAUAUGUUGGGUUUUGAAUAUCUACAUUUAAUGCAGAACAUUUACUAUCCAGUCCCCCCCCUUCCUUCUUACAUUUUGCUGUUCUUUCAAACCUGAAUCCUGACAAGGAUCAAACUGUGAAUUUGGUUUUGGGUUUUAAAAGGCACUUUUUCUGCUGUGAUGCUUUGAGACUAAGCUUGUAUGAUAUUAAUGGAAUGUAUCAUUUUAAUAACUGGGUGGAUUUUUCAGUUGUAUUCCAGCUGAGUUGCUUUUCCAUGUUACAUUUCAAGUUUCAUUUUCUUAUCUACCUCAUUUGUUAGUGCUGUUUCAGUCUAGGCUGUGAACUAAACUACCAUUCCUGUAUAUUUCUUGUCUAUUUUAAAUUUGAGAUGGUGUUUUUACACACAUGGCUCUUCACUCCCCGCCAGCCCAUUUCCCUGUUUGUAAUUUGGCACUAGCCACUCAAGCUGUUUACUGUUUUAAGGAGGAUAUUUAACUUUCACAAGGAAGACUUUAGAGAUUUAUUCAUCACAUUGAGUUAAACUCACAGCGACAUGUGAAUGAAGAGAACAAGUCCAUGCAUUGUCUACUGUAUGUUGCAACUGGUUGUGGCAGCUUAGCAAAGUGUGUGACCCACUGCCUCAUUAGUCUUCCAUUUGACAAUGGGAAAAAUUAGUGCAAAAAGCUUGCUUUGUUUAGGAAGGAAUUCUUCCUUUGUAUAUGCAUUGAAUUAUUGCUGACAAUUAAACUACUGAGGGCGGUGCCAACAUAAUGCUCCUGAUCUCUUAACCAUGGUCAAGGGAUCCACAGCAGAAUGUGCAAUUGCACUCCCUUCUUCAGUCUGUACUUUUUGGGGGUGCAAAUUCCUCCCACCCUCCCCUUCUGCUGGCCUGACUCACAGUUAUAGUUUGCGUUGGCCCCAAUCUCAACAGUGGUUAAUGUUAAAACAAGGGUGUGCUGUUUCCCAGGUAAAGCCAAAUUUCUGGUUAAAAGCAAAACCCCAUGUAUUAGUCACAGCUAAGCUUUGUACCGACAUUGGGUUGGAUCUAGAGUUUUUUUUCAGUUGAUGGUAAGACUUCCAGUGGGAACAGGGAGGGAAGCAAUUUCCAGCUACUGCCUCGUCCCCCUGCAGCCCCCCGUAAAUCUGCUCUGGCCUCCCAAUCCUCUGGAGCAGAGUUAGGAUGGGAGUUGGGGGGCUGCAGGGGGAAUCACAGAAAACAGAUUGCCUCCCUAUUGCACUGACAAAAAGAAGCCUAACCAUCAGCUGAGUGACUCUGUUGGAUCCAACCUGUUACCUUUAACUGUGAUUAAGACCGAUGUGGAGGGAACACACGGUCUCAUCCCGCAGCUUGAUGCCUUAACCAAGUUUAAAGUGUUGGGAGUGUUAGAUUGGCAUAGGCUCUGAACAAGGUGUGCAGGGUACCUUUGGAAGGCAGGGGCCUUCUGUUGCAUUUAGGCAAUAAAAUGAUACAUUCCUGGUUAUUUUGAAUUCUGAAACCCAGCAACACUGUUAUUGUAAGUGCUGUCAUUUUUGUAGGCUGUACCUCUUUAAAGGUGAAUUGUAUGAUUUCAAAGUUGCUUCAGUUAAUCAACUGAAGUCCAGUUUAGCAUCUCUCCUGGAAUGUUGUCGUGGUUUUUUUUGUUUUUUUGUUUUUUUGCAAGGGGGGGAAGGGUUGUGUAUUUUUUAUACUUAUACAGCAAUUAGAUGGUGGAACGACAAAACUGAUUCUGUAAGGAGUCACUAUACAGACUUGGGUCAUCCCCUGCCUCCUGGUUGUCUUCAAAAACUAUUCUUCUUAGUAAAUAUUUAUGGUGUCUAUAAUCCACCCCACACCUAUAAUUUAUUCACAUUUCAUUCUAUAAGAAGCUAUAACUGUGAGCAGUGUAGUACAAUAAAAUUGGUUCACCAAACCAAAUUCUACCCCUUGGACGUGAACAGUUGUUCACAAGGGCCUGGUACAACUGAUGGGAUGCUAUUCUGCCCCUGCUCCCUCUAGAGCCCUGAGAAUAAAAUGCUGCUAAGGCAUUAUGCAUUUUCUACUUACGACCUUGCAGCUCUCACUGAAGCUAAUGGAACUGAUCCAGCUUAAACCAGCAAUGAUUAUCGCAUAUAGUAUGUAAGAACAAAUCUCCUCCUUUUUAAAAAUCACCAUUUAUCUUAUUCUUUUGGGGUGGGGAAGGAGUUGGUUUCCAAUGAAAACAAAUCUUUAAAAGGCCAAGCAUGAAUUUAUAAACUGUCUGCUAAACGGAGGCCUUACAUGUAUCCUCCCGCAUAAAAUGCUUCCUUCACAGGAUGUAUUUCUUAUGUAGAGACAAUCUCCAUGUAGAAAAAUGUGGAAUAUGGCCAUGGGCAACUGCUUUGCUGCAAGUCAGUAGAAAGCAUGACUUUGGAAGCCAGUGCCUGUAAGAACCUGUAUACUUGCCAUAUACUUCGCAUAUGAUGAUGGACAAUGCUUUUCCUACAGCGAGAUUACCUGUAUGUAGGAAAAAAUAUUAUGCAUGAAGUAGCCCUUAGUGAUGGUGCAGAAAGUGCAGAAAGUCCUGUGGAGCACGUUGUGGCCUGUUACGCUUCAACCAACCCCUUGUAGGGCACUUGUUAUAUACAAAUUUCUUUUUUCUCACUUCCAUCUGACAGAAGAAGAUGGUGGCUGCAGAGGAGGGAAAAAGAGGUGUCCCUGUCCUGUCAAGUAGCAAGGAAAACAUUUUUUAUUGGAAUCUGUGGUAAAAUAUAUCCGAGUUGUACCACAGAUAGAGGCAAGCACAAAUAUACAUAAAUUGUUGGAAGAAAAUGCAAAAGAGUAAGGCUUUAAUUCUCCCUUCCAGGGCCAUAGAUUUAAUUUGCAAGACUAGGAACAAACUUCUGUUUUUGUAUUUUCAAAGCAUCCUAGAAGGGUGUUGUUUUGGUUCAUUUAUGCCUUAGAGAACUCCUAACCCUACAUUUUGGCAGCCAUUUUGGAAGUGCAAUUGUCUUUGAGGUUCCUAAUGCAGCUUUAAACAAGCAAACAAAAGACCUCUCAGUUAAAACUACUAUAUUCUAUUUAAAAAAGGUCUUUCAUUCUGUUUUUUGUUUUUGUUUUUGCUAGAGAUUGCUGAGGAGCAUGCAGGCCUACUAAAACAGCAUGAUAAAUUCAGGUAUAUGCUGUGAAUAAAUGUCUCCUUAGAUUUCCAUACUUGCUAACAACUUCUGAAUUUCAGAAAUAUUUUUUAUGUAUGUGAAUUAUACUUUAAUGUAGCAUCUUAGGACUUAUUUUUUAAAAAACCCUUUCUUUACUUUUUUACAUUAAGGCUGAGAUUUUUAUGGCUGCAUAGAGGAUGCAGGUGACCGGUUCAUUGUUAACAGGGAUGAGGCAUCCCAUUCAGUUUUUGAAAAAUCAUAGCCCAGAACUUUAUGGUAGAAAACGAAUGUCUUUUAUCAGCAGUUGUUUCCAUGUGUUUUUUAAUUAUUUUUGCAAGCUGUGAGUUGACUUCAUUUGUACACAACCAUUAACAAAUAUUUUUUUAAACUGUUAUAAAGGAAAAUAAAGGCUGUGUUGAAAAAAAACCCAAUUAAAUAUAGUCUGGAUGUUA